CAUAGCUCAACCUCACAACAUCCAUUACAACCAACCAAGCUUCGAUAAAUUAUUACCUGUCACCGAGUCCACCUUUCGACCUUUGACAACAAGUCUCAUUUCAUCCUCCAGCUUGCGCAUAGCUUCAUCACCUAAAAUGACUCAGGUUACACCUGCAAUGCUGAGCGCCCGCGCUUCGUCACUCUCGUUGCGACAACAAGCGCUAUCGUCGUCAGCUACGCUCAACAACAAUGCGACUGCGCCCCAAAAGACCGAGCCCAAGCAAAGUUCCAAGAACUUCAUCAUAUCAGAUAUGAAGGGCCGCGACACAAAAGAUAACCGUGUAUGCGCAUCUUGUAUUACCAAGCUUGCGCCUGAUGAAGUCGGCCAGGUCAACUGGCACCUUGAGGCCGGUCAGGCCUGUAAACUGUGCCAGGUUGAGAAGAUGGAGCCUGAAUGUUUUACCAAGCCUUUCUGCGACUUUCUCCGGGAGAACCCUACGAUUUUUCACACCGUCGAUUACUUUGAGAACAAGCUCAAGGAGCUUGGAUAUGAGCAACUCUCCCCUCGUGAUAACUGGUCGGGCAAGAUUCAGCCUGGUGGAAAGUACUGGGUCACUCGGAAUGGGAGCUCUCUUAUCGCUUUCAAAGUUGGUAAAGCGUAUAAGCCUGGAAAUGGUGUUGCUAUGAUCGGUGGUCACAUUGACGCUCUCGCCGCGAAGCUCAAGCCCGUUAGCACAAAGCCUGUCAAGGCCGGAUACAUUCAACUGGGAGCUGCACCCUAUGCUGGAGCCCUCAAUGCAACCUGGUGGGACCGGGACCUCAGCAUUGGUGGACGAGUUAUCCUCGAUGACAAAGAAACCGGGAAGAAGACCGUAAAGCUCGUGAAGCUGGACUGGCCCAUCGCCCGAAUUCCCACUCUUGCGCCUCAUUUCGGAGUCGGCAUGAUGGGAAACAACAAUGCCGAAACUCAAGCCGUUCCUAUUAUCGGCCUGGAGAGUUCGCAGCGUGCGUCUACCGAGGCUCUUGGACCUGCUGGCUCUUUCGUCAACACACAACCCCCACGACUUGUUGAACUCAUUGCCAAGGAACUCAACAUCCAAUCUUAUAGUUCGAUUGUCAACUGGGAACUCGAGCUUUAUGAUUCCCAGCCCGCUCAGACUGGUGGGCUGGAUCGGGAAUUCAUCUUCGCGGGUCGCAUUGACGAUAAGUUGUGUUCCUGGGCAGCCCUCUAUGGAUUAUUGGCAUCUACCGACGACAGCGAAAAGGGAGGAAUCUCCCUUGUUGCUUUGUUUGACGACGAAGAGAUCGGGAGCCUUCUGAGACAAGGUGCGCGUGGUAACUUUCUCCCCACAGUCGUAGAGAGAACUAUCGAGGCCCUCAAUCCCGAAACAUAUGGGCCAGGACUUCAAGGACAAACAUGGUCUGCAAGCUUCCUCGCGUCUGCCGAUGUCACACAUGCCGGAAACCCCAACUUCCUCGAGAAAUACCUUCCUGAGCAUGUUCCGGAGCUCAAUGUUGGUGUUGCUAUAACCUACGACUCCAACGCCCAUAUGACCACGGAUAGCGUUUCCGCUGCUAUUAUGGAGCGGGUGGGUGAGCUUGGUGGAUGCCGAACACAGAGAUUCCAAAUUCGAAGUGACUCUCGAAGCGGUGGAACCAUUGGCCCGGCACUGUCUAGCAUGAUUGGUGUCCGAGCUGCAGAUGUUGGUCUUCCACAGCUCAGCAUGCACUCCAUCCGUGCCACUACUGGUGCAUUGGAUCCCGGCCUGGGUGUCAAGUUCUUCAAGAGUUUCCUUGACAACUGGGAGAAGAUUGAUGCUGAGUGGCACUAGGGGUGGAGGUAAAGGCGUUUGAUAUUUGGUUCAGGGGCUUUAUUUUCGAUACCUGUUUGGAUAUUAUGGUUGUAGAGAUUGGCGAUUUUAGACUAGAACUGUACACGAGAUAGAUGGAUUGAGGACAAUAAGGACUUUCGAUCAAUUCCCCUUUGAACCUACAUGACACAAAGAAGAAGUGAGCUUGCGAUAAUUGGAAACUGUGUGUUCUUGGGGCACCAAUUUGCAUGGCCUGACAAAAGACCUUGAUGUAAUCAUGUCGAUUGAACAAAAUUUCACGGUUCCGAAGCUGCAUUAGCUUCGUGGAUAUUCAAUUCUUUCACAAUAGGUUGAGGCCAGGGGCCAGCCGAUCAGGGUCUAUUAUUGGCUUG